UCUCGACUUGGACAAAAGACAGAGAACGAUGGAGUCUUGCCAGCAAAAGGUUAUGGAGAAGCUACUUCACGGCCAUGGGUGUGCCAGCCAGCUCAAGCUAAUCAUGGACCACCACGCCGAGUCAGAUUCGUCCAUGGAAAGGGAGGAUCUGGCCAAGUCCGUCCUCCAUUGUUUCUCGGAUGCUCUCUCCAUUUUGAUCGAUACCAAUGAUCAUAACAAAGAUGAUGAUAAAUCCAAUAACUCAUCUCCCCAAGACUCUUCACAUGUUCUUGAGAGCAGCAGGAAACCAUUUCACAAGAGGGGAAGAAAGACAUCAAUGGCGGAGAGCUCAGAUUAUCGCAGACACGAAUCCCCAAACCCGAUCUACCACGACGGCUUUCUUUGGAGGAAAUACGGACAAAAGCAAAUCAAAGAAUCGGAUCACCAAAGGAGUUACUACAAGUGUGCGUACACAAACGACCAGAAAUGCGAAGCAAAGAAGCAGGUUCAAAUGAUCCAAAACAACCCUCCAUUGUACUCAACCACUUACUUCGGCCGCCACACAUGUCAGCUUCAUCAAGCAUUUGAAACUUUUCCCAUUGACACCUCAGAUCUCCAAGAUUCACGCAUGAUUCGAUUUGAUAACCCAGAUUCCUCUACCCAUCAACAUCAAAAUCAGAUAAUUCAUCACAAAGUUGAACAAAUGAUGCCCUCUGAGAAAGCAGAAGAGUGGUCGUCCCCAUCUGAGUAUAUGUCCUCCGAGGUUGCCUACGCGGUGGAGGCUUUCGGGUUUAACCCUGCUCGCACAUCAAGUGACUUAUCAUGACCAUAUAUAAUACCCUUCCCGUCGCUAUCAUCAGCAUCUAAAGCUUCUUUAGUUAUUUGUUUCCUCAUAAUAUCCUUCCUAUAGUAUAACCCCUGUUACUUUUUUUUGUGUGUUUUGCAUCUCAUGUAUUUGCCUACCUCUACUUUGAACUUUUAUUUUGAGUUUAAUAUUAAUCAGCUUUAAUAACGCA